CACAAAAAAUGAAUAUAUAGAUAUGAGCUCAUAGUUGUGGUUUGAUUUCUUCUAUUUCAGCUCCAACAUAUUAAACCAGUGAGAGAAGAGCAGCAGUUGUUCACUUUUUUGCCAUGUUAAUACAUAAUUAUAACUACAGCUAAUACCAUCUUUACAAUAAAGAGCCAUUAAAAUACUGCUUUAUUUCUCUUGUUCAUUGAACACACCAGAAUAUAACUUUUCAUAAUAGCAAAUAAAUCCUGUUCAAUUUAAUACUGAAUGGAUCAUAACAACAUUUCUGUAGAAAACUUGCAUGUUAGUCAGUGUGACAUUUUCUGAAAACAUGUUACAAGAUUAUCAACAUUAUCAAAAGAUAUUCUGUAACACGUGAGGUACAUUUGUGUGUGUUAAAUCUGUCGUGAUGUUUCUAAAGAUCUGACCGCAGGUUUCAGGAAGUCUUGAGUCUUUAACACAGUCUGUGUCUUUAACCGUCUGUCAUCAUUCAGUCAGUAUGGAGCUCAGUCAACUUCCUCUUGUGCUCUUGCUGAUUUCAAACAUCUACUCUGGACAAACUGAAGAAACACCAAAAGCCACAGUGACCAUUAAACCUGCUCAACAUGUAUUCAGAGGAGAGAGAGUCACUCUCAGAUGUGACAUAAAUGCUGAAGGAGUCACUAGCUGGCAGUACAGCUGGUAUAAAGACAGUUCAGUCAAUGCUUCCAGUGAACUACAGGAACACACAUUCAAUUCUGUUACUGAGUCUGACACAGGUAAAUACUCCUGUGAUGGAUCAGAGAGAGGAGGAUCAGAAACAUCAAACCACAGUGAUGAAGUUACACUGACAGUAUCAGGUGAGUUUGAUCAUCUCUUCACAUACACACACAAGUUUAACAUGUUAUUAAUGAUUAAUUUCUCACCUUCAGUUCCCAGAGCAGUUUUAAGUGUUUCUCCACAGACGUGGUUGACUGAAGGAGAUCCAGUGACUCUGAUCUGUAAGGUUAACGGCUCCUCUACAGGCUGGACAUUCAGCUGGUUCACUGUAACUGUCUCAUCAGACUACAUAUAUCGUUAUGAUCUGCUCUCAGACAGCAGCAGAGGAGCUGGAGGAAACUACACUGUCACUUCUGCUGCUCUAAAUCACACAGGAGUUUAUGUGUGUGGAGCAGAGAGAGGAAAACCAGCUGAUUACAUAACCAUCAGCAACACACAGUUAAUAUGGGUCACUGGUGUUUCUCUUCCAGUCUCUCUGAUCGUCAGUCCCAGCAGAACUCAACACUUCACAUCUCUCUCUCUGAGCUGUGAGGAUCAGAAUAACUCUACUGGAUGGACAGUGAGAAGAUACACAGACAUAUGGGGGCUGGAAGAUUGUUCAUCAGUGUGGGGAUGAUAAAGAGGAUGUUUGUGUAUGGUAGGUUGUUCAUUAUUAUAUGACACUGGAGUGUACUGGUGUCAGUCUGAAUCUGGAGAGAAACAUCAGCCUGUUAAUAUCACUGUACACGUUGGUGUGAUUCUGGAGAGUCCUGUUCAUCCUGUGACUGAAGGAGAAACUCUGACUCUACGCUGUUUAGAUCAAAACACAACCUCACCAAACCUCAGAGCUGAUUUCUAUAAAGAUGGGACACUCAUCCAGAGUCAAACUACAGAGAUGAUCAUCUCUACUGUCUCAAAGUCACACGAGGGUUUCUACUCCUGCAAACACCCAGAGAGAGGAGAGUCACCCAAGAGCUGGAUCUCAGUCACAGUGUCUCAUUCAGGAUCUCAGAUCUCUGUUCUCCACACACUCAGUUCUGUACUGGCAGUUUGUCCAUAUCUGCUCGUGACAGUCGUGCUGAUUUUCAAAUGCUGCAGGAUGAGAGCUGCAUCUGUUGAAGAACAAGAAACUUCAAUCUGAUCUUUAUCUGUUGUGAUGGUGAGAAAACUUCAGCUUCAUCCUGGAAUCUCUCAGUAUCUCAGUUCAGACUGAACAUGCUGACUUACUGUAAAAGUCACAUUUUGGGAGUGACUCCUUUUGGCAUCUCACAGUUGUUAAAGUCAACAUGA